AUGAUUGUAAUAAUUAUUAGAAUUUUAGGUUUUUAAAUUUAUAUUGAUAGAUCAAAAAAUAAUAAUUAUUAUGAAUAUCGUUUUCGACAUUUAUUAACAAGUUAUUAAAAAGCUAAUUAAAUAAAAAGUAAUAGGAAGAAAUAAUAUCCUUAAAGUCGAUCAAUUUAUGAAUAAUCUAAUAUAGUAGAAUAAUAAAUCUUAAAACCUUAUAAUAAGGUAUUUUAAUAAAGUUAAAAUGAACAAUAUGUAAUAAAUAUUUAUAAAUUACAAUUUAGAUUAAAUAAAAUAAAAAAGGAUAUGGAGAUUAGUUCUAUAAUCAACAGAAAUCAAUUCUUAAGAUAUAUUGAAAUUUUUUAUUUAUUUCUCAUCAAGUUAUAAAUUAUAUGUUAAUUACCUUAAGAAUAUAAAGAAUAAAUUAUAUAUAUGAAAAGUUCAUCACCGAAGAAUUAAUUAGUAAUUGAAAAAAGAGGUUUGAGUGAACAUGUACAAGCUACUAGUAUCAACUCAGGAAGUAGAAAGACAUCUAUUAUGACUAAGGAGAGCAAUAAUUUAAAGGGAAAUCUGUAAAUCAUUUAAAAAUAAACAGAGAUAAAUAACUCUUAACUUAAGAAGGUUUCAAGUGCUGGAAAAUUACUGCUACCUAAAAGUUAACAUUUUAUGUUAUUUGUUAGAUGAUUAAUAAUAGUAAAAAUAAAAACGAUUUUCAUCAAAAGAAGGAGAUGGAUCAAAUGUAAUUAGAUCAGGUUAUUUAUAUAAAUAAAUAUCUCCAAAAGUUACAAUGUUAGAAGAUAAAAUGAAUGUUGUAUUUAUUUAGGAACUUAAUAAAUAUUAAAUAAAUAAUGAGCCAACAUCACCAAAAUCUCCAAAAUUAACAGAUGCUAAUUUAUUUAUGCAUGAAAUGACAUAAAAUGGAUUUUAAUUAAAAGGACCUUAAUCACCUCCAUCUCAUGAUAUUCUUGCAAAUGGUCAACUUAAAAAUAAGAUACCUAAAAGUGUAUUAAGUCAUCAUUAAAAUCUAAUAACAACAUCUGGAAAAAAGAUAACUGAAUCAAAAACAAGUAAAUAAUAUCAAAACACAGUAACCUACUAUUGA